CCACUCAUUUAUACAUUCAAAAAAUUUUUUUAGGCACUGGAACUUUGAACUUCGAUUCAUUCUGUCGAGUAGCGAGCCAUUUCUUGGAAAAUGAAGAUGACGAAGCCCUCCAGAAAGAACUCAAAGAGGCUUUCAGGUUAUAUGACAAAGAAGGUAACGGAUAUAUUCCAACAUCCAGCUUGAGGGAAAUCUUGGCGGCACUCGACGAUCAGCUCACUAACGAUCAACUUAAUGAAAUGAUUGCAGAAAUAGAUACAGAUUCAUCUGGGACCGUAGAUUUUGAAGAAUUCAUGGAAAUGAUGACAGGUGACUGAAAACUAUCCAAAUAACUGUAUAAAAAAUGGAGUGAGCGGUUUAAAGUUCCCAUAUGGAUAAUUUGUUGAUAUUUGAAUUUUUUUGAAUAAUAAAACGUACAAUAUCAUU